AUGGCGGACGUGCUAGGGCUUCUGCGUGAGUAUCAUAUUGGUAAUAAAGAAAUUGUGGAGACUAAUGAGGAAGUAAUUUUUGGAGAGUUCGCUUGGCCGAAAUCUGCAAAGACAAACUAUGUUAUGUGGGGUACUGGUAAAGACGGUGCUCCGAAGGAUUACUAUACUUUGAAUUGUAUCGUGUAUCUCCUAAAGAAUGUUAAUCUUCCUCAUUCAAAAUAUGUCAGACAGGCUGCGGCCGCAGGAAUACCAGUGGUACGUUUACCUGAUCGACGUGAACUACUUAAUUAUCUGAAUGGAGAUGCCACUUCCGCUCCAAAUAUUGAUAGGACGGUUCCUGUUGAUAUAACCAUCCGCAGAGCUAUCUCUAAAGGCUCUUUGGAUGCACAGAAUUUGCGCGAUGUACCUAUCGAUGGGAAAAGGCCACGACUAUCUUCCUACGAGCCGGAAGAAGUUAAACCUCUCGAUUCACAGCACGAUGAAUCUGCUAGAAAAAAGAUUGGCUCAAUUUUGGAUCAAUCUGAAGGAAGCGCCCUUCCUUCGGCUAUAUCAUUGGAUAAAAUUCAGUCUCUUCGCGCGAAGUUCCGGGCGAAUCAGCAGGUCGCAAAGCCCGAGGUAACCGUGGAUCAUCUAGGCAGUCCAGAUGCCUUAGAUCCCACCGCCGUUGUUACUGGUGACGAGCCACUGCUGAUGGCUUCUGGCGUCUCUGUCUUCUCUUCAAGACCCACUGAUCCAAUCUAUCAAGGUUCAAAUUCUCAGCUUAUAGUUUCUGUUGAUGAUGCGCAGCUUGCUCUCGCUCGUUCCGCUGACCCCAAACGUGCCGCCUUUCUUGCUUCUGACAUGGAUACUGUUCGUGUAAUUUCAUCACGUGAGCGUCGAUGGCGAACGCGGGGCAAUAUUCUCCAAAGUCAGGGCAAGACCUUCUACGAAAAUAUUGUUUUGGGCAUUUUACGUAACGUCAUGCUUAAGGAAAACGCCCAUUUGGCACCGGAUCGCCGUGACGCUUAUAGCGGUGCGGUUGGAACCAUAAACAACUUCUACAAGACGCCUCUAACUUCCAUGGCCCACCAGCGACAACAGAGCCAGCCUCCCGCCUUACAGUAUUCCCGGUAUGAUCAGGAGCGCUUUGCUACAGGCCGAGAAGAUACUGCGGGUUUCAGAAUUGAUACAAUGAGCUCCUAUCAUGGCAAGGCGCUCACUUCCAUGGUGGGUAGCGGUGUCAGUGCCGGAGGAUCUAAGCCAAACGGUAGUGCUUUGUCAGCGCCAGGCCUUACCUUCGAGGGUUCCGGUUCCACAAUUCUCCCUCCAGAAACGCCUGGCCACGAGACUCCGCGUGGUGCUCGGACACCUCGCGAUCCGCGUGGUCUAGGGCUCAGUACACCCAUCGCUGCUGGCCUCACUCCUGAUCCAUAUCGUAGCUCCCGCUCUUUGGCUUCCCGUUCUAAGCCUCGCGCCUCCCGUGUUCCUAUUAUCAUCAUCCCUGCAGCACCAACAAGUCUAAUAACAAUGCUCAACGCCACUGACAUCCUUCAGGAUCUCCAAUUUGUCUCCACCGAGGAGAAGCGAAAUCAGGGUUGUAAGCGUGAUAACGAACUUUUAAUACACCGUCGUAAGCCCGAUGGUCGAACGGUGCCCUAUCGUGUUAUUGAUCAGCCGAAUAGACUGCAGCCGGAUGAGUGGAACCGGGUGGUGGCUGUCUUUGUGCAGGGUCAGGCUUGGCAAUUCAAGGGUUGGCCUCAUGGUGGAGAUCCAGCAGUCAUCUUUUCUGUUGUCAAAGGGUUCCACAUAAAGUAUGCAAAUAUGCCUCUGGACCCGAACGUGGCAAAGUGGAAUGUCCAUGUAAUCAAUUUGGAUAGACGGCGCCACUUGGACAAAGUCAACUUCCAAAGUGUCUGGGACCAGUUGGACAAAUUCAUAGCAAAGAACAAACCCUUUCUGCGAUCGUAG